CUUUCCGGGCUGGUCGAUACAUUCAUUAUCAUUCUGUUUGACUCUUCUACCCCUCAUCGUCUCCCACCAUGGAGCACGAGCUUCUCAGCCUCCUAGCCGACACGCAAUCGCCGGUUGCUGAUACGAGAAAAGCAGCUGAGCUCAGUCUGCUUCGUCUGUACCCAAACGAGAAUUUCCCUCUCUCACUCGCAGCGAUUGCGUCGCAUGACUCCGUGCCCACUAAUCUCCGUCAAUCCGCCCUCUCAGUUCUCCGCACUUUUAUCGCCGCAGCAUGGUCCCCGAAUCUGGAUGAAUUCCAAGGACAAAUCUUGGUCAAUAAUGCCAACAAGGCGCAGAUUCGACAAGCUCUUCUGGAGCUUGCAACAGUCAUAGAAGUGUCUGAGCGAAAGGUCAAGUCUGCAGCCAGUUUUGCUGUCAGCAAGAUCGCCAGCGCGGACUACCCUGAACAAUGGCCUGAGCUAUUACCUGCACUCCUACGGAUAAUCAAUGAUACGAAUAGCACGCCCGGUGCGCUACAUGGUGCCUUGAAAGUGCUGCUAGACCUGGUCGACACCGGAUUCAAUGAAGAGCAGUUUUUCAGUGUCGCGCGAGACCUCGUCACCACCCUGUUUAACGUGGCCACCAACACAUCAAGAAAGCCAAUUCUGAGAGCAUUGGCCGUCGCUGUUUUCCGUUCGUGCCUCGAUACACUUGAAAUGGUUCUGGAGCAACACAAGGUGGCUGUCAAGCAGUUCAUGGACGAAGUCCUUGGCGGGUGGUCUCCGUUUUUCAUCGAAACCCUCAAAGCUCCGUUGCCGCAGGCCCCUGCGGAGCAGGAGGAAUCCAAGGAGACCGAAGUCCCGUCUCAGUGGAGGGGCGUCAUCGGAUUGAAGUUACAAAUUGUUAAGACCCUCAUGAAGAUCCGCAUGGUCUUCCCCGGUCUAUUGGUCGCCCAGAGUCCCGUGUACUUUUCGACUAUCUGGACGGAGUUGUCGAAUUCUCAGGCAGUAUAUCACGAAUUUUACAUCAAUGAUGAACGCCAGGGACGGCUUGUUGACGUGGAUGACCUCCCGUAUAGUCUUGAUCUUCUGGUUUUGGAGGAGUUGGAUUUCAUUCAAAGCCUCUUGAAAGCGCCGCCGGUCAAAGCAGAGUUGCAACAGCAGUUGCAGAAUGCCGGGCAAUCUGGGCUUUCCGCUAGUUGGUUGGCAGAAAUGCUGAAGUUGGCUAGCUCUUAUUCUCAAAUUACAUCCGAAGAAGAGGGUCUCUGGGAUAUUGAUGUCAAUCUUUUCCUUUCAGAGGAAACCUCCGUCACAGCAAACUACACCCCUCGCACCUGCAGCGGGGAUCUGGUCAUUAAGCUAGGAGAGUGGCUCAAAGAUGCUACCACUCAAAGUCUCCUCGCUUGUCUGAACGAUGUCUUCUCCGAUGCUUCGUCUACAUGGAAGAGCCGUGAAUCGUCCCUGUUCAUCCUUAAUGCGCUCCUUAGAGAUUUCCACGAGGUCUCACGCGAUAUUGCGCCGGAGUUAGCCAGCGGUUUUGGCAACUUUAUCCAAUUCGCGAUACAGCAGGAACAGGAACUUCUACGAGCCCGAGGCUACCUUGUGGCGGGAAGCUUGGCCAAGGUGUCCAAUGUUGGCGAAGCUUACCUUGAGCCAACUCUAAAAGCAGUCUCCGAGGACCCGUCAGAAGUUGUGAAGGUGGCUUGCAUCCGCGCACUGCAGGACCUGCUGCCUUCGCUUUCUACCAACACAACUAUCCCGCUUCAGCAGACUGUAAUUUCCGCUGUGUCCGAUUUCGUUUCCGCUCACGAUCUUCGCGAUUCUUCCGACACUGAUGACCUCAAAGUUACUCUGGCCGAAACUCUCCGUGAUACGGUCAUGGUCGACCCAAGCGUCGUGCUUACAUCCACUGCACUUGACGUACUGUUCAAUAUUGCCAGCAACGGUGCUACAAACUUCCAGUUGACCAUGACUGUGACGGAGGCCUUUGAGGAUAUAGUCGAACAUAUUUCAGAGCAAGGGGCUGAUGCCUUUGUCCGCCUCUGCGAAAAGGUGCUUCCUUCAAUAAUGGGUGCGGUCGACGUCGGCAACUUGACUCAGGAUAUCUCGCUAACCAUUUUUGCCGCGGAUCUACUGCGUGCUCUGACGGAGCGAGCCCUUGAGCCACUGCCUGCAGGCUUUGUCGAGACUGUCAUGCCGAAAGUGAACCGGCUCCUUCUCGAUUCGCAAGACGCAGAGCUCAUUCGACCUGCCACGGAGGCAGUGAGACAUAUCCUUGCUCACGAUUUUAAUCAGUUCGUCGCCUGGCGUGACCCCGAAAGCGGCAAAGAAGCAACUGAAGUUGUCCUGGUGAUUAUCGACCGUCUUCUGGGUCCCACAGUUGAUGACCAUGCUGCAACCGAAGUCGGCCAACUUGCUGCCGAGCUGGUUGAGAGAGCGGGAUCGGAACGGCUUGGCCCGUAUCUACCGCAGCUUCUGCAGGCUGUAGCCCGGCGCCUUGCCACUGCCGAAAAGGCUCAAUUUAUCCAGAGUCUGAUUCUCGUGUUCGCUCGGCUGACGCUAAUUAGUGCGCGGGAGGUCGUUGACUUCCUCGCGCAGGUCGACAUCGGCGGACAGAGCGGCUUACCCAUCGUGAUGAGCAAGUGGCUGGAAAACUCGGUCAACUUUGCCGGAUACGAUGAGAUCAAGCAAAAUAUCAUCGCGCUGGCGACGCUGUACAACCUUGAAGACCCUCGACUGGCGCAGGUGCAGGUCAAGGGAGACCUUAUUGUGCAGGACACCGGACGAAUUAAGACGCGAUCUCAGGCUCGUAAUAAUCCUGACCGCUACACGACCGUGACAGCGCCUUUGAAGAUUAUCAAGGUUCUUGUAGAGGAGUUGGCGGCGGCGUCUGGCAACAAAGAGAUCGACGCAGCCACGGCAGCCGCGCUGGAGGAAGAAGGCAGCGAUGAUGACGACGAAUGGGAGGACGUGCCCGACAACACCCUCGAUCUCAGCCUCGGAGUCACCAAACAAGAGCUGAUGGCGUUCGGCGAGGGCGGCACCGAAGGAGUGUUUGGCGUGCGCAAGCGGGAUGACGAGACGCAGGCAUUUUUGCUGGAUUUCUUCCGCAACGCUUCUACGAAAGGCGAAUUCCAGCAGCUCUUUGCAGCUUUAACGCCGGACGAGCAGGAGAAGCUGCGGAGUCUGGGUUGA